AUGGGCUUGUUUGCUAAGUGGAAUGCUUUGCCAGUAAAAGCUAGAUAUUAUAUCGGUGGUUCCACCUUCAUAUUCGCUCUUGUGGGUGAUUAUGUUACUACCCAAAUUAAUGAUGAAGUGGUGGCUAGAAAGAAGACUUUAGAGGGACUAAAAGAAGUCAGAAGUGAAAAUGAAACAAGAAACUAA